AAACAACAAAAUUUGGUCUAGUGCUCUUUCCACUGACUUUGUGGGUUUUCUUGUGUACCCACCAACUAUGUUGAUCCUACUUGCUAGUUGGUAAUCCAGUCAUCUUUUUCUAUAAAGCCCAUGGAGUUGCAAAGAGUUUGAGCUACACACACACACACACAGCAGUAAAAGAAAUGGAAGCUCCAAAGAAGUACAUUUGUGUUCUGGGGUUUCUUUUGUUUCUAGGCAUUGCAGAGCUUGGAGGGGUUAAUGGGGCUGGUGAAUGUGGAAAGGCUUCUCCAGACACAGAAGCUUUCAAGUUGAUUCCUUGUGCAUCAGCAGCAAAGGAUGAAAAUGCUACACCUUCUAGUGCUUGCUGCCUUCAGGUGAAGAAGUUGGGCCAGAACCCUGGAUGCCUUUGCGCUGUUAUGCUUUCCAACACUGCUAAAAACUCUGGAGUCAACCCUGAAAUUGCCAUAACCAUUCCCAAACGCUGCAACCUCUCUGACCGUCCUGUUGGCUAUAAGUGUGGAGGGAGUUCUGCUGUUGAGCCACUUUCUUGGGACAUACGGCUCAAAAUAGCCAUUGGUGCAGCACGGGGCCUUGCUUGCUUGCACACAUCAGACAAGAAAGUCAUUUACAGGGACUUCAAAGCAUCUAAUAUACUGCUUGAUGGGAACUACAAUGCAAAAAUCUCAGAUUUUGGCUUGGCGAAAUUGGGGCCCUCAGGUGGAGAAUCGCAUGUGACAACACGAGUUAUGGGCACAUAUGGUUAUGCUGCUCCAGAAUAUGUUGCAACAGGUCAUUUAUAUGUGAAGAGCAACGUGUACGGUUUCGGUGUUGUGCUGCUGGAAAUGCUGACAGGUUUGCGGGCACUUGAUUCCAAACGCCCCAGUGGGCAGCAUAAUCUGAUUGAUUGGACAAAGCCCUUUCUCUCCAACAAAAGGAAGCUGAAAUCAAUUAUGGAUGUGCGGAUAGAAGGGCAAUAUUCUUCAAAGGCAGCGUUGAUUGCUGCUCAACUCACUAUACAGUGCCUGGAAUCAGAACCUAGAAAACGCCCCCCCAUGAAAGAAGUUGUAGAUAUCUUAGAACAGAUUGAAGCCAUGAAGCAAAAACCAAAAGAAUCCCAAGCCAUCUCUACACACUCUACAGCUCAUCGUCAUCAAAAUGAACUAGUGCAUAUUUAGUAUGUUAAUUUUGUAGGCAAGUAAGUGAAACUGAUAGUCAUCUCUCAACCACUCUCUCUCUGCUAUUCAUUCAGUAGUGAUAUUUAGUAUCUUUUUUUUUUAAAUUUUAAUUUAAUUUUUUUUGUAGCUUUUUUACAAAUGAAAGAGGCAGAGAAUACAAGACAACGUGAGGAGAUGCAGCGGCAGCUUUUUGGACUUCAGAGCAUGUUGGCGCAAGUUUUGGAAAAUCACAAUCCACCAAAUUCUCGACAAUAGAUAGUCAUGGUAAUUGGUAAGUGUGUUAAACCAUAUUUGAUUAUAUUUAUGUUCAAAGUAAAGGCAAAUAAACGUUUGAUGAGAAUAUCAUAGAGAAAUGAUUGUCUUUAAACUAA